AUAUCUGAUCACAUGUACAGUAGCUGAUGUGUGUACAUCUGAUCACAUGUACAGUAGCUGACGUGUGUACAUAUCUGAUCAGAUGUACAGUAGCUGAUGUGUGUAUAUAUCUGAUCACAUGUACAGUAGUUGACGUGUGUACAUAUCUGAUCACAUGUACAGUAGCUGAUGUGUGUACAUAUCUGAUCACAUGUACAGUAGCUGAUGUGUGUACAUAUCUGAUCAGAUGUACAGUAGCUGACGUGUGUACAUAUCUGAUCACAUGUACAGUAGCUGAUGUGUGUACAUAUCUGAUCACAUGUACAUAUCUGAUCACAUGUACAGUAACUGACGUGUGUACAUAUCUGAUCACAUGUACAGUAGCUGACGUGUGUACAUAUCUGAUCACAUGUACAGUAGCUGAUGUGUGUACAUAUCUGAUCACGUGUACAGUAGCUGGCGUGUGUACAUAUCUGAUCACAUAUACCGUAGCUGACGUGUGUACAUUUCUGAUCAUAUGUACAGUAGCUGAUGUGUGUACAUAUCUGAUCACAUGUACAGUAGCUGACAUGUGUACAUAUCUGAUCACAUAUACCGUAGCUGACGUGUGUACAUAUCUGAUCAUAUGUACAGUAGCUGACGUGUGUACAUAUCUGAUCACCUGUACAGUAGCUGACGUGUGUACAUAUCUGAUCACAUGUACAGUAGCUGAUGUGUGUACAUAUCUGAUCACGUGUACAGUAGCUGGCAUGUGUACAUAUCUGAUCACGUGUACAGUAGCUGACGUGUGUACAUAUCUGAUCACAUGUACAGUAGCUGACAUGUGUACAUAUCUGAUCACGUGUACAGUAGCUGACGUGUGUACAUAUCUGAUCACAUGUACAGUAGCUGACAUGUGUACAUAUCUGAUCACAUAUACCGUAGCUGACGUGUGUACAUUUCUGAUCAUAUGUACAGUAGCUGACGUGUGUACAUAUAUGAUAUGAAACAAUUUAGCUCCAUUGUUAUG